ACAUCACGAAACAAACAAGGAAUAAAAAAGGAGCAGAAAGACUAUUUCUCCUCGAGUACGGGUGAAAUGUCUGACAUGGAGGCACUCGUUCGGAAGAGCAUGGAGGGGACUAAGGCCGAGGUAUUGGUUCCCAAUGAUGGGGAAAAGUAUGAGCAAGCUAUUCAGAGAUGGAGUGAGCACUGCAUUCAGAGGGCUAAAUGCGUCAUCAAAGUGAGCUGCGCAGACGACAUCACAUCGGCUCUCUCUUUCAUACGCACCCAAAAAAUCCCCUUUGUGGUUCGAGGAGGCGGACACUCAACUUCAAGCAGCUCCAGCAUCACCGAUGGCAUUGUCAUCGAUCUCAGUCUGAUGCGCCGCGUCACCGUUUUUCCAGACUCGAAAACCAUUCGCGCAGAGGGCGGGACACUCUGGGUCGAUGUCGACGAGGAAGCCGCCAAAUAUGACCUUGCAACCGUAGGUGGUACCGUGAAUCAUACAGGCGUCGGAGGUCUCACUCUCGGUGGCGGUUAUGGCUUCCUGACUGGCAAAUAUGGCCUUACCAUUGACAAUCUGCUCGAAGUCGACAUAGUGCUGGCAUCUGGUGAGCAAGUUACAGCAUCUGCGACACUCAACUCCGACUUGUUCUGGGCAGUACGGGGUGCGGGUCACAAUUUCGGCGUGGUCACCUCCUUCACAUUCCAAGCAUUUGACCAGCCUCGCCCAGUCUUUGCAGGACCUCUAAUCUUCCCACUCGCCAAGCUCCCUCAGGUCGUCGAUUUUGUAAACACAUUUCACGAGAUCAAUGACGGGAACCAAGCAAUUCUGUGGGGCGUAUCAUGCCCACCCCCGGCCCAUGUCCCUGUCCUACUGACCCAACUCUUCCACAAUGGAACAGUUGACGAAGCAAAAGCCUUGUUCGCGCCUCUCUUCGCGUUGGAUCCUAUUGCUAACAUGACAGCAUCCAUCCCGUACAAGACGGUCAACUCACUGCUCAACCCCACCGCUGGCUUCGACGGCCGCAAACAAUUCGGUGGCGGCGCUUUCAAGCUUCCACUAUCCAUCGAUCUCGUUCAAAGCCUCGUGGAUAAGUUAUUUGCUUUCAUAAAUGCACGCAAGGGGAUGGAAGAGAGUUUGCUGCUGUUUGAAACGGUGCCGUAUCGCGAGGUGGUCAAGGUGAAGAAUGACGCUAUGGCGUUCUCGAAUAGAGGCGAGUACUACAAUCUUGCAAUUAUGAUGAAGUGGCAUGAUGAGGGUAUGGAUGCGGAGGUUCGAAAUUUCGUGCGAGAUCUGGCUAAAGGUGCAGGAUUGGCGGAGGGGGCUGUCAGGAAGGAUGGUGAGGAGGUGAAAGAUGGGGUCGACGGAGUGGGAAUCUACGGGAAUUAUGCGAAUUCCGAUGUCCCCGCCUCCGAGAUCUACGGGAACAAUGCAAAGAAGCUACAAGAGCUAAAGCAAAAGUAUGACCCCGAUAAUCUGUUUGAUAGAGGCACGAGGUUGGUUUCGAAGCCGGUGGUCGUCAUGAACUGA